CCCUGGUAAAGGGCGAAUCGAACCGGGUUCUCUACAAAAUCAAGGAGUAUGAUCCGUUGCUGGACUCCAGUAAUAUGGCGGGGAAUGAUUGGAUGCGUAUAGCCAAGGAUAUUUCUUUGAUGUACGAAUUGUUCGAUGGAUUUGUUGUAAUCCACGGCACCGAUACGCUGGCGUAUACUGCCUCUGCCCUGUCAUUUAUGCUGCAUAAUUUGGCUAAGCCGGUGGUCGUUACCGGGUCGCAGAUACCCAUCUACAAGACGUGCACCGAUGCCAAGAACAACUUAGUCUCGUCACUGCUCAUUGCCGGCUGCUAUGAAAUACCGGAAGUGUGCGUCGUCUUCGCCAACAAACUGCUUCGUGGCAAUCGAACGGUCAAGGUUAAUUGCAACGCUAUGGAAGCUUUCGAUUCUCCUAAUGCUCCGCUGCUGGGCACAUUAAAUAGUGUCAUAAAUAUAAAUAGAUCGCAGAUACGCCCAGCACCCAGAGACAAGCUCCUUGCUGUGACAGGUGUCUUGGAGAAGAAUUUGGCCAUCUUGAAAAUAACUCCCGAUAUUUCAAUUAAUGUGAUUAGAUCGGCUCUGGAGGAGCCUAUUAUGGGCGUUGUCCUGGAGUCCUAUGGCUCUGGAAAUAUACCCUCAAACAGGACCGAAAUAAUUGAGCUUCUACGGCAAGCUGUAGAUCGAGGUGUUAUCAUUGUCAACUGCACUCAAUGCCUGUCCGGCUCAGUAGCCGCUAUUUACGAUGCUGGAGCAGUGGUUGAAGGUGUGGGAGUUUUAUCCGGUUCGGAUAUAACUUCUGAGGCAGCGUACACCAAGCUUGCCUAUGUACUGGGGUCAAAUGUGCCACAAAAUCGUAAAAUUGAGCUUAUGAAAUACAAUUUACGAGGCGAGAUGACGGUGACAGCAUAAUGAUACCGAACGGACUAAAUUCAAUUAAGGGACUUCCCCCCAUGCGGAUAUACAGUU